UUGGUCAUGCACAUACUACUUCUCAAGGCUCUUAAUGAGCAAGCAUCGGGACCCCACGAUGAUCCUUACGUUCAGGUUUUAGUGAAGGCGGGCUUCAGUGCAGACCUCGCCGAGACGCUGGAUUUUACCUACCACACUGCGGAGCUUGCACGUUGCCAGUCCUGGCGCGACAAUCAUAGUGCGAUCGUAUUUACUAGUCCGAGAGCUGUGACCGCGUAUACGAAGGCCGGACUGAAAGGUCAACAGUCAGAUUUAUGUUUUGUAGUUGGUCCUUCGACAGACCUGCAAGCAAAGAAAGCUGGAUUUUCACCUAAAGGUGCUCAAGCUGGAGAUGCGGAGACCUUGUCAAAGGUCAUUGUAGAUAACUACGCAACUCAGCUCACGAAGCCGGUCUUCUUCCCGGCAAGUCAAAUACACCGCGCCGAUCUCCCUCAGUAUUUGGAGAAAAAUGGCAUCAAGGUUGACAUUCUGAUUGCUUAUUCAUCCCACGAAAAUGUCGCAUUGAAGGAUAAGGUGCGGCUUAAUCUUUGUGAAGGAAACCCUAUCCCAGACUGUAUCGUGUUUUUCAGUCCUUCGGGGGUUACGCUCACCGAGGGCAUUCUGAAAACUGAACUUAAGCCUCAUCGUCCCAAAGUAAAGUUGGUCGCUAUGGGACGAGCUACGGCCUCUAAGCUACAAGAGUAUGACAUGAGUGUGGCGGGCGUGGCUGCUUCACCUCGACCGGAAAGUCUUCUCCAGGUCAUCCAGCGACUGGCUGGUCAGACGUAAUCAGAUCUGUUACCAAACCAUCCAACUCAUCUCCACAUAUUGUGAUCUAACUGAAUUACUAUGAACUAUUUUGCCUUUGGGACUAGCUUUCCUGUUUGUUUUUGUGUAGAUAUAUUCCCUCGUAUUUUGAAUUAUAUUUU